AUGGCCUCGUCAUCCACCAUUGGGCAUGGCACACAAGCCUCGUCCUCUACCAGCAACACACCAUCACGCGUAGUCCCACCGGGACCCGGUGGCGCUUCCUCGUUGACAGUCAACGACAUCCUCUGCGACUCCUUCACAAGACGCAUCGCGCUACUCGUCUACUUGAAGGGUGUGCUAGCGGGCAAACAUCUCUACGCCUCUACAGUCCUCUUCAGCCCGCGCGACCUCGCCGACGUCUACGAUACAGAGAGAAUGCGACGUCGCUCUUAUCGGCACCUCGUGCUAGGACUCGCUCUGUCCCCUUUGGUUGAGCAAACGAGCAUGUCCCUGCCCGACUUCGUACGCUCCCUCGGCUCUGCCCUCGCCGAUGUCGAAGCGCUGCCAGAGACAGCGGGCAGCUCAUCCGCAGGAUUGAGCGCUGCGGGUUACCCAUCGUCUUCGGCCGGAGGGGGGAGUGUCUCGUCGGAAAAGAGAAGCGUGCGCAGCUUGUUCUCGUCGAGCAAAAACAAGGGCCAAAAGAAGGGAGGGACGUUUAGCGAUAUUCAUCCGCCGGAUUUUGGGAUGAGCACGAUGGGUGGGGUCAGCGGAGCGAGCAGCGAGAUUGCUGGUGGCCAUCUUCCUUUUGCCCUCGACUUCUUUCAGACAUUUACCACUCUCGCCGACAUCCUCAUCGAGAUCUACUCCAAACUUCUCACCUACCUCGGCGCCCCAGGCCCUUCCACUGGCCUGGCCCCGACGGAAGACGGCAGCGAGGGCAUGACUGCUACCACAAGCAGCCUUCCUCCUCUCGCCUCACAAGUGGUAGACGCCAUCAACAAAGCGGAUGGCAAGGUCAAGAAGAUGCUCGCUCAGGUGACAAAGGAGCUUGAUGGCGCUGCAAGGCACGUAGUCAAGGAGGAGCUCGCACAGCUUGAGGCCGGAUUAUCUCCCAAUGCGCCGCAGAAUUUGGCGAUAGACCCACAUUCGAGAGUGGGGAGCACGCGCGACGAUUUCGGCGAUUCAAUGGGUUCAACAAGUCCCUACACCGGUCUCCCCGGCCCCCCUUCAUCUAUGACACACGGCGAUUUCGGCUCGAGUCACGGCUAA